CAACUUCAGAACGUGCGCACCGUCCCCCCAAUGCCUGGUUCGUGGAAUAUCCGCUGCAGAAGACAUCCAUCAUUCGCAACUCCUGCCGGGCUGCACUUAGUCUCUCAGCUCAGACUCUUCUCCGUUGGUUUUGUUCAGUGCUAAAUUACAGUAGAGUUAAGAGUCAGUGUUUGAUCCACGACCAUAUCUUUGAAUUUCCGAGCAAUUUGGACUUUGUGUGAAGCAAAACGACUAUAUUUUGGAGACACCCAGUGUUCGCACAAAGGCUUUACCGAUAGUAAACUCUCAGCCAUCAUGGGAAGAAGGCGCUGGAGAAAGCUAAUAAUUAUGAGAGGUCUGCCAGGGUCACUAAAGACGGACAAAGCUAAUGAGCUCUUAAAAGAGUAUGACGGUGGAAUAAUUGUGAGUGCGGAUGAUUACUUUCGAAAUGGUCCAAAUGGUGAGAUGGUCAACUUUGACCCCAGCAAACUCUGGGUCGCUCACAUGAAGGCCCAGAGGAAGGCUUCGGACGCUCUGUCAAGGAAAGAAAAUCCUGUCAUCAUUGACAACAUCAAUAUGGAAUUUCAGUACAUGUAUCCUUAUGUUUUCAUGGGUUUUCGUAAAGGAUAUUGGAUUGAGUUUGAAGAUUUAAUGGAUGAGGAGGCUUCCCCCAAUGACUUUCACAGGCGCUGUAAAUACAAGAUCCCUUUGGAGAAGUUUGAAAAAUGGAAGGCUUCCUACAGAAGAGUAAGACAUAUUUAUCAAAUUCUACGUGACCCAGAGUCAAGACGCAAGUGGAAGAACUACCGCUGGUGAUAUGGAAUAGGACUAAACAUUGCAAUCCCAUUCAAAACUGAUAAUCACGUUAAAGGCUGAACUUCACCUUGAAGGAGAGGUUGAACUUGAAGAAACAGCACAGUCACUUCCUCCUGUGGCACCUGGUGGUAUUUGGAUACCAACAUCAACUUACUUGUCUUUGCGUUCACUGGGUUUUACUAUUUUUGAUUUCUAAAGAACAUAUAGUUCCCUGAGCUUCCCUCUGCAAGUAUUGGAACACAUGCUGACUAUAAAGAGGAAUAUAAAAUCAUCUUUUGGAAAUUGAUCUUAAUGCCUUAAAUUAAAAAAUGAGAAAAUAUCCAACCUUUAAGGACAUACAUUUUCUUUGUGAAUGAAUAAUGUAACUGUAAAUAAAUGUUUUCCUUAAAAUACAAGUGUCAUUAGUAGCCUACCCUAUGUUAAAGAGGAACUAUUGGCAAUUUCAUCUCUGGUUUCGGUUUCGUUUUUUGAUUUCGCUUGUUUGAUGCUUGCAUUUUCUCUGCAGAGCUUCCCCGACAGCUUUAGCGUGUAUAUUUAUACAUGUAUAGGCUAUAUUUAAAUAUAAAUUGCAAGCGUGGUUCUUCGUCUCAGACUUCCAGAUGUAAACAAGGAGCGAUCGUCUCCUGCAGAAAGUUGCAUAGGGUCUCUUUAACCAUACUGAAUCUGUUCAAAUUCCCAUAGAGGCAGUCAGAUUUUUAUUCAUUUAUUUAUUUAUUUUUAAAUGCCAGUUAUUUCCUGGAUCCAGGACACUAUGCACCCUGAUAAAGUCCCCUAGCCUUUGGAAUUAAAUGGCCCCAUAUACUGUCACAUACUGUACCCUUCAUGAUACUAGAGAUUGGCAUGGUUUUAUUUCAGCUAUCCUUUUAGCUGGUUUGAUUUGCAUUGAGCUCAAUGAGAAUGAAAAUGAAGUAAAGUGGGGAAACGAUGCUUUUUCAGGAACAACCUUGAAUAUUUCAGCAAAGAAAAAUAAAGUUGCCCAUAUUGUAUAUAAGGUGUAACGCCUGAACCAUAAGGGGCAUAAGAGAAUGAUGAGGGGAAGGUUUAAAGAAGAAAGUUUGAGCCUCAAAUAAAAUGCCCUGCGUAAACAUGUACUGCUGCUGCUAUGCUUCACUGCAUUUUGCAAAUUGCUUUGCUGUGCUAUAACCUGUAUAUGUCUUACUGUAAACAUGGUUUGAUAUGUAACCUUAAUGUAAUUGAAAUACAGUAUACAACCUUUGUAUGAAACUAUGUGUCGGACGCAGGAUUGGCCAUAACGGUGUGACACUGACUAGACCAUCCUGCUAGGCAAAAAAUAUUUUUGCCGCUAGGGUGCAUCUAGAUUUCUAGGCUAUGUUUCCUUUUUGGUAAAAACCACUAAAGAACACUGAGUGCUCAGACAAUGUCUGAGGGGGCAAUACUCAGAAAACAGGCGAAACAGAAUUAGACUUACAUAUCCUGCUGGGUGGGGGUCCUGGGGAUCAGAGUGAGGUCAAAAUACAUCAGAGAAAAUGAUAUGAGAAAGUGUAAACAAAAGGCCUCCAAUCAGAGGUCACUGACAGGGAGAUCACAUAUAUAUGAGUGUCAAUCUAUUAAAAGGAGGUUUGGAAAGGUAAAACCGGCUUUAGAUUGUGCCUUAUGCUAUACUGUUCUGGUUGUCGUUGUUACUCUGGGAUUUGUACUCUGUUCUUUUGAUCUUAUUCCAGUACUUUUUGACUUAUAACUUUUGUAUUUUACUUUUACAUAUUGGAACCAAAAAAAAAAACAAUAAAAACUUCCACUUCCAGUGGGGAAGAGA